AUGGUCCUCAUACCUGACCCUACCAUGAUCCUCAUAACUGACCCUACCAUGGUCCUCAUACCUGACCCUACCAUGAUCCUCAUACCCUACCCUACCAUGGUCCUCUUACCUGACCCUACCAUGAUCCUCAUAACUGACCCUACCAUGGUCCUCAUACCUGACCCUACCAUGAUCCUCAUACCUGACCCUACCAUGGUCCUCUUACCUGAUCCUACCAUGAUCCUCAUACCUGACCCUACCAUUGUCCUCAUACCUGACCCUACCAUGAUCCUCAUACCUGACCCUACCAUGGUCCUCUUACCUGAUCCUACCAUGAUCCUCAUAACUGACCCUACCAUGGUCCUCAUACCUGACCCUACCAUGGUCCUCAUACCUGACCCUACCAUGAUCCUCAUAACUGACCCUACCAUGGUCCUCAUACCUGACCCUACCAUGAUCCUCAUACCUGACCCUACCAUGGUUCUCUUACCUGAUCCUACCAUGAUCCUCAUAACUGACCCUACCAUGGUCCUCAUACCAGACCCUACCAUGAUCCUCGUACCUGGUCCUCAUACCUGA